UGAUAUCACACAGGAGUUGUAAUGGAAUUUAAAAUACGGUCGCAAUAAUGUCGAGUCGAUAUUGUUACCACGACAACAGGACAACUCAAAGGAAAAUUAAUCAUGCCACUAGUUGAACAAUCAAAUUACGGCAGUCAACAAAUCAAUGUGCCGCCGAGUUUGCCAAUGAUUUUAAAACAAUUUUGCAAAGCUGCAAUCAGAACACAGCCGUACGAUCUUCUCAAAUGGUCCAGCGCAUAUUUUCGUGCCCUGGCAGAGGGCGAGGAACCGCCGUCGAAAAUUCGAUUGGAGUAUCCGUCACCCACAACCGCUUCUGGAUUAACUUUGGGAUUCUUGAAAGUACUCCUACGACAAUUAGGAGAUUACAAUAAAGUGGUACCAGUGGAAACGCUUUUACGCAGAUGGGAUUGCUUAUGCCUCGAUCGUAAGGAUUUGAAUCUCAUAAUGUUAAUUGGAAAAUUUCGUCGCAAGUGCCAAGUGAAAAAAUUCCUCGCGAUUGCCGCUGGCCUCCUGACAUCGAGUCUAUUUGAAACAAUGAUUAUGAUUUGUGAAUUAUUCACACAUGAACCGGACGGUGGAUCUGCGAUGAUUCCCGUCUCAUUAUUCAUGGAAUUAUAUGGAUUUUUGGCUGGACUUCGAUGCGAUGGAACAGCGAGAGAUCCUGACGAUGAUCCACACUGUACAUUCUUUGACGAAUCAGAUCAGGGAGAAUUAAAUUCCGAAAAUCACGAUUGCUCAGAAAAGAAUAAUAAGAAGAAUUUUUCAUCUCCCAAAAGUGAGAAUACGGAAUCUGACGUUAAUCUCGAUUUGGAAUUUGUUUAUAAAAAUGAUGACGAAUCACUAACUAAAAAUGAGAAGAAAAAGACUUUAGAAAAUCAAUAUGAAGAAAAAUUGACAUCAGAAGAAAGUGAGGGACAAUUGUCAAAUGGCAAAUCUGUGAACACCGACACAACGGAAAGUUCAAAAUUGGCCGAUAAUCGUGAUAGUAAUAAUUCGACACAAUAUGUCAAUGAAAAUUCGAUGGAGGUGAAUAAAGCGUUAAUUGAAAGUUCUGAACAAAGCAGUGUGGAAUUACAAAUUAUCAACGAUCGACGAAUUUCCGCUUCAGAAGGCAAAAGAGUGAAAAUGAAAAUUCGUGAUCCUUCCUUGUACAAAUUUUACCCGAAUAUACCAGGAAUCGGACCACGUUUAUCAGCCGAGGAAGUUGCGUGCAUCGCGAUAUGGAUGAGUGAAUGCGCAAAAAGACAAGAAGGUAUGGUCGGUCCACGAAAUAUUCGUCAUUCUCAAUGUCCUCCUCUAGAUAGACAACGAAAUCUUCGUUAAAAAAAAUAUCUGAAAUUAUUUAAAUUAUCCAUUAAAAAAAAUGAUAAUGAGAUAUUAAAAAGCAGUUAUUCAAGACUGAUUGUUAACAAUUCAUUUUAAAUUUGUAUCGUUGACGACACAAAUUAUAUAUAUUCAUAUUAUAUAUAUAAAUUAUCUACUCACUUUCUCAAUUGUUAGUUUUUUUAGAGAUUUAAAAUGAAUAGAUUGUUAUGUUUACCUUAACUAUUGUUUUAUAGAUUGUAAUAUUU